CUGCUCCCGGCAGCGGCCGCUGGGGACGCUGCGCGGCGCGCGUUUCCGGCCCCGCGACCAAUCCGGCGGCAGCGCGGGGUGCGAUGGCGGCGGCGGCGGGUGCGGUGCCGGGCCCGGCCGGCGGCGCCUUCUCGGACCUGCGGGAGAUCAAGAAGCAGCUGCUGGGCGUGGCGGAGCGGAGCCGCGAGCGGGGUCUGCAGCACAGCGGGAAGUGGGCCGCUGAGCUCGCUUUCGCCCUGGAGCCGCUGCCGCCGGGAGAGCGCCCGCCGCCGCCCGCCGCCAGCGAGGAGGAUGCCCGUGAUCUGGAUGCCUACACAUUAGCCAAGUGCUACUUCGAUCUAAAGGAAUAUGACAGGGCUGCCUAUUUUCUACGGGACUGCAAGAGUCAGAAAGCUUACUUCUUGUACAUGUACUCCAGAUACCUAUCAGGGGAAAAGAAGAAGGAUGAUGAGACAGUAGAUAGUUUGGGACCUCUGGAAAAAGGACAGGUGAAAAAUGAAGCUUUACGAGAACUGAGAGUCGAGCUCAGCAAGAAACACAAGGCACGGGAACUGGAUGGAUUUGGCCUUUAUCUGUAUGGUGUCGUGCUGCGCAAGCUGGACCUGGCGAAAGAAGCAAUUGAUGUGUUUGUUGAAGCUGCCCAUGUCUUGCCUUUGCACUGGGGAGCCUGGCUGGAACUUUGCAACUUGAUUACAGAUAAAGAGAUGCUGAAGUCCCUCUCAUUGCCUGAUACGUGGAUGAAAGAGUUCUUUCUUGCACACAUUUACACAGAGCUGCAGCUGAUAGAGGAGGCUCUGCAGAAGUAUCAAAGUCUCAUUGAUGCUGGAUUUUCCAAAAGCACGUACAUCAUCUCUCAGAUCGCAGUUGCCUACCACAAUAUCCGAGAUAUUGACAAAGCGCUAUCUAUCUUCAAUGAGCUAAGGAAACAAGAUCCUUACAGGAUAGAAAACAUGGAUACAUUUUCCAACUUGCUGUACGUAAGGAGCAUGAAGCCCGAGUUGAGCUACCUGGCUCACAAUCUCUGUGAGAUAGACAAGUAUCGUGUUGAGACCUGCUGUGUAAUUGGGAAUUAUUACAGCUUGCGUUCUCAGCAUGAAAAAGCAGCACUCUACUUCCAGAGGGCCUUGAAACUCAAUCCUCGUUAUCUGGGUGCCUGGACACUCAUGGGACAUGAGUACAUGGAAAUGAAGAACACAUCUGCAGCUAUCCAGGCUUAUAGGCAUGCAAUAGAGGUGAACAAAAGGGACUACAGAGCCUGGUAUGGAUUGGGACAAACCUAUGAAAUCCUCAAAAUGCCGUUCUACUGUCUCUAUUACUACCGGCGGGCUCACCAGCUCAGACCAAAUGACUCUCGUAUGCUAGUUGCUCUAGGAGAGUGCUAUGAGAAACUCAAUCAGUUGGUGGAAGCUAAAAAGUGCUAUUGGAGAGCUUAUGCUGUGGGGGACGUGGAGAAAAUGGCACUGGUGAAGCUAGCUAAGCUACAUGAACAGCUGAAUGAAUCUGAACAGGCAGCUCAGUGCUAUAUCAAAUACAUUCAGGAUAUCUAUUCCUGUGGGGAGAUAGUGGAGCACCUGGAAAUCAGCAGUGCCUUCCGAUACCUGGCCCAGUACUACUUCAAGUGUAAGCUCUGGGACGAAGCCUCUGUGUGUGCUCAGAAAUGCUGUGCGUUCAAUGAUACGAGAGAAGAAGGAAAGGCCCUGCUGCGGCAGAUCUUACAGCUUCGCAAUCAAGGAGAAACCUCAUCCACAGAUGUUGCUGCUCCCUUUUUCCUCCCUGCAUCAUUGUCAGCCAACAACAAUCCCACAUGUCGUGUCCCCCCACUUGAUCUCUCUUCUCCAACACCAUGAAUGAUGGUGGUACUUCUGACCUGACAUCACAUUGGAUGUGACAUUGCAGAUGGGGCUUGCAGCCACUUAUUUCUGCCCACUGAAAUUUCCACAUUCAUUGCUGCCCUUGUGUGAAGGGUGGGGUUACUGGAGCCCACAGCUGACACGGAUGUGCCCCAGCAGGCAAAGGCGCAGCCUGUGUGAGGUGCCUAUGCAGAGAUGUGAGAGCCUGCUGUACUUCUCACCAAGUCAUUCCAGUCAGACUGAGGGCAGGUGUGUUCCAGCAUACAGGACUACUCCUAACUGAAGGAUCGGGAAGAGCUUGUGUGCUUGAGUUCAAAUAUAUUUGAAAUUUGAUUCUGCCUUGUUUGUUACCUCCAGUCUUUACUUGAACUACUUUGGAUGACCUCUUAGAGGUAUCAUUGCUGUCUGCACCAGGAGGUAUUACCUGUCCGUCUACUUAAGGACUUCUGCUUGUCUCCAACUAUACAGAUGUUCCACUAAAGUGGUGGCUGCAGGCAGUGAGCGAUGCCAGGUUUGUGUUGGAAGGACUGAGGUGCCAGAGGAAUUCUUAGUAGUCACGAGUGACUUCUUUGUGGUGCAGCUUUCAUGCACCCAUAGCACAUGAAAUUAGAUGAACCAUUACAGAUCAUUUUGUUAAGGAUUGCUGCGUCACAUGGACAGUAUGGUGCAGGGAAUUCCUCCCCUGCAGGCCUGCUGCUCAUCCCUGUUCUCGCAUCCAGCCAAGAGUAAGGGUGAAGGUGAUUCUCAAAGGUGCCCACGUGCCCAUGUACAACAGGCGUGACCAUAAACAGAUUAAUAUAAAAAAGAGGAUGCUCUUAGAUGCAUUUGUUGAAAACAGAGACCACUAGAAGUGUCCUGAUCCUGUUCCUACUUGCUUAAAGUUUGCUGGUGGAACACACAUAUAUGCUUUCAAUGACUUUUCUCUGGUCUUUCCAGUCUUUGCCUGUGACCCUGAGUCUUUUUGGUGUCUGUCUUUAGAUGCCUUGAGUAUCUUGUUCAGCCUCAUCCCUGGCCCUGAGCUAUCUACAGGUAGCCCUUCUGCCUACCCCUGGCUGUUAACACUUACUCUCCACCAUGUUUU